CAGAUAUUUUCUGAUUCGAUAACCAUAUAUAUAUAUUUACUAAUAUUUUAGUGCGGAAUUGGUACAAAAAAUCCUACCGCCCAAAUCCUACGGGGGCCUUCCUUUUUGAAAUACAAGUUGGGUGAGAAAAACCUUUCACCUUCAUCCCUAAUUGAAUUUCUCUAAAGGUAAGAAAAUCAAUUUUCAUUUCAAAAUCUCUUCCACCCUUUGAAAACCUGUCUCACUUAAUCAGCGCAUCCAUUUUCUUAUGUCCAUAAUGGAACCGCACAGCAAAAGGCGCCGGAAACAUUCGCAGCACGAGGAUCAAAAUCCGGUCCCGAUGGAUAGAAUUAGCGAUUUGACGGAGUCAGUAAUCUGUCACAUUCUCUCGUUUCUCCGGACAAAGGAUUCCGUACGAACAAGCAUUCUCGCUCGAAGAUGGAGGUAUCUCUGGGCUUAUGUCCUCACUCUAGAUUUGUAUUGCGAAGAAGAAACGGUAAUCAAUCGGGUUUUGUUGCUACGCAAAGUGCAAACGCUUCACACUUUGCGCCUCAAUGUCGAUGGAUGCACCGAAUAUGGAUUGGAGACAUGGAUUGUGUUUGCCAUCACGCACGGUUUGCAAAAACUUGACCUUUAUCUUAUGGAUCAAGAGAUUUUGCCCGCAUGUCUCUUCACAUGCAAAACCCUCGUCGAUCUGAGGCUCCAUUCGUGUGGGCCCAUCCCCAUGGAUGGGCCCAUGUUCUUGCCUCGCCUCAAAAAGCUUCAACUAAUCCGUGUCGAGUACGAGGCCGAUGAGUCACUACCCUACCUGAUUUCUUGCUGUCCUGUUCUUGAGGAGUUGCUAGUCCAAUUGUUCACGGAUAUGGCUUCUUGUAAUGUAUCUUCACCUACGGUAAAACGGCUCACGGUCGAUUUUUACUUUUUCGAUGGUGACCGUGCUGGAUGCGACAUGCUUGAGAUAAACACGCCUGCGCUCGAGUAUCUUAAGAUCGCUUAUUCUUUCUGUGAUCAUAUAAAGUGUGGGGUGGCGACCUCCUUGAUUGAAGCAGAUAUCAGUUUUCACGAUGAAGACGAUAAUCUUUCUGCUCGAUCUCUGGUGGAAUUUGUUCAUGUUCUUUGCGCUGUCCAGUGCCUAACAUUAGAUUUAUCGUAUUUUACGGAGGUAUUGCUUUCGAGUUUUGACCUUUCAUGGGGCUCAUUGUCUGUUUUUGUUAGUAAUGGCAAAUCUUUGUACAUUUCUUUGCAGAUGAUUGAUCCAGUUCUCUCUGGUUGGACUAAAAGUUUUCGUAACUUAACCAAACUCAAGUUGACUGCCGAUUGUCGUUUUCUCUUAAAGUUCCUCGAAAAUGCUAAUAAUCUUGAGAUCCUCCAUUUCUCUGCGUCUUGCGAUGAAAAAAAAGGCUCGACGGAACCACCGGAACAAGUGCCCAAAUGCCUAUUAUCACAUCUUAGAAUAAUAAAGGUUGUUAAAAUUGAAGGUAAAAAGCACGAGUUUGAAAUUAUAAGAUAUCUUUUGAGGAAUACUCAAGUCUUGGAGAAGAUGGACAUAGAAUAUGCCCAAUGCCUUGCUUCCGAGGAAGAUAUUAGUACGCUCAAGAAGACGAUCUCACCUUUUCAACGAGAACGAGGGUCCGCUGCAUGUGAAGUUGCCUUUGCUCCGUUUCGUGAAGAGGAGGUUGUUGAAGUGGAGGAUGAAUAACUAUGUGCACAUUUAUCG